AUAAAGUACGUGUGAGAUUUCAAAUCGAUUUAUUUUUGCCGUGUUCUAAGUGUUUUGCACUUUCGCGCUCUCUUUCUUCUACAUCCUUAAAAUCCAAAGGGAAUACGACGCAGCUUCGUGGACGCGUGUUCGCUACUUCCUAGAAUUGACGUUCAAUCAUGACCAACCUGCAGCCAAAAAUAGGGAAUCAACCUUCCAUUCUUCCCCAGACUUGUGAAAUCUCUUCUUGUUUAACUUUACGGGUCUUCAUUUUCAGGCUUUCAGUCUAGUGAGAGAUUACUUGCGCAAGGAUCGCCGUUCAGAUGAGGAGACCUUCAAUUAUUAUUAUCAGAUCUCAGUCCAACCCUUUGCUCUUUCCUUUCCUGCGGUGAGAUUUAUUCUUGCUUAAUUCUACGCAUCUGCCAUUUUUAAGCUUGGUCUGUGAACUGUAGCUACUUUACGACAUCGAUCUGAGUGGCUAAAGGCUAAGCACAACGCGGAUCUCAUGGCACAGCGAUCGCUGUCUUCUUCCAUCAACUACAGAUGGACUUAUGAUGUGUUUCUUAGUUUUCGAGGUGAAGAUACCCGUUUAGGUUUUGUUGGUCAUCUCUAUGAUUCUCUGCGUCAGAGGGGAAUCCAGGCCUUCAUAGAUGACGAAUCCAUCAGGAUUGGCGAAGAAAUCACAGAGUCUCUUUUCAAAGCCAUACAAGAAUCCAGGAUAGCGAUCAUAGUUUUCUCCGAGAACUAUGCAUCCUCAACUUUUUGUCUCGAUGAACUAGUCCAGAUUCUUCAAUGCUUCGAAGAACAAGGUCGAUUGGUUUAUCCAGUAUUUUAUUAUGUGGAUCCUUCGGAUCUGCGAAAUCAAAGAGGGAGUUAUGGGAAAUCAUUGGAUCUGCUUGAGAAAAGAUUCAAGGAUGACAAGCAAAAGCAAAAGGUGCAAAAAUGGAGGUUGGCUGUGUCCAAAGCAGCUGAUUUAAAAGGCUGGCAUCUCAAACCUGGGAUUGCAAAUGAACGAGAAUGUAUUACAAAGAUUAUUAGCGAAGUUUUUUCUAGGGUUAAUCAUGAUCCCUUAGACAUUACUCGUUAUCUAGUUGGACUUGUGCCUCGAGUGAAAGAAGUGAUCUCACUUUUAGAGCUUUGGUCUACUAAGAAAACUAAAAUGGUAGGGAUUUGGGGAGUUAGUGGAAUUGGUAAAUCAACAAUUGUAAGAGCCUUGUGUAAUUUGAUAGCUAAUAAUUUUGAAGGAGUAUGCUUCCUUUCUAAUGUAAGAAAAGAGUCCCAAAUGCCAAAUGGUUUGGCACAUCUUCAAGAGAAAUUACUCCUUAAAUUAGUCAUGGAAAAGGAUCUCAAAUUGGGUGAUUUUCAUGAAGGAAUACCAAUAAUAAAACGUAGGCUUUGCCAGAAGAAAAUUCUUUUGAUUCUUGAUGAUGUUGAUGGAUUGAAACAGUUAGAAGCACUAGCUGGAAAUUGCGAUUGGUUUGGUCUUGGAAGUAGAAUUGUCAUAACAACAAGGAAUAAACAGUUGUUAGUAGCUCAUGAUGUUAAUAGAAUUUAUAAUGUUCGAGAAUUAAAUGAUGAGGACUCUCUUCAAUUGCUUAGUUGGUAUGCCUUUAAAAAGGAGAAUGUGGAGUCUGACUUCUUAAAGGUUUCCAAUCGUGCAAUACAAUAUUGUUGUGGCCUUCCAUUAGCUAUAGAAGUGUUGAUUUCUAACUUGCGAGGUAAAGGAGUCAAUGAAUGGCACUGUGCAUUAGAUCAAUGUGAAAGAAGUCAAGGAGGACCAGUUUUGGAAUCCUUUAGAUCAAGCUAUGAUGCUUUAGGAGAAAUUGAGAAAAACAUUUUCUUGGACUUGGCAUGUUUCUUCAAAGGUGAAAAUUUAAGAAAAGUCAAGGGUAUGUUGCAUUGUUUACAUGAAAUCCAACCAGACUACAUUAUUGGAGUCUUGAUUGAUAAAGCCCUCAUCAACAUUGAAGGAGAUCGAGUGGGAAUGCAAGGUUUGAUAGAAGAUAUGGGUAAAAUGAUUGUUCGACAGCAAUCACCUGGUGAACCUAGUGAACGAAGUAGGUUAUGGUACUACCAAGAUAUUCUUCAUGUUUUAAAACGAAACACGGGAACUAAUAAAGUUGAAGUCAUAAUUCUAAACCUACCAGAAGGUAGUGAAGUUCAAAUAAAAUGGAGCAGAAAGGCAUUCAUGAAGAUGGAGAAUCUUAAAAUGCUUGUGAUAAAAAAUGUAAGCUUUUCUAAAUGCCCCAAAUAUCUCCCAAAUGGCUUAAGGUGGUUGGAAUGGAAGGGCUAUCCUUUCAAGGUUUUGCCAUAUAAUAUUUGCUCCACAGAACUUGUUUAUCUUGACUUGUCUUACAGUAAUUUUGAAUCACUCCAACCAUUUACAAAGAAGUUCCACAGUUUAAGUUGUAUGAACUUUAGAAAUUGCAAAUUUCUACAACAAACACCAAAUUUUUCUGGAGUUUCUAAUUUAAGAGAGUUGUGGCUUGAUGAUUGUACAAAUUUAAUUGAAAUACAUCAUUCAGUUGGAGGUUUAAAUAAAUUGAAGGAAUUGAGUGUCAUGCGAUGCAAUAACUUGAAGAUUAUGCCACAUGACCUUAGGUUGACAUCUCUUGAGCGUCUCAGUCUCUUUGGUUGUUCAAGCCUUCAAAGUUUCCCAGAGAUAUCAGUCAAUAUGAAAAAUAUGCACACACUUGAUUUAGAGAGGACUUCUAUUACUGAGUUGCCACCUUCAAUUUGCAAUCUCAUUGGACUUGAAACCUUGAUCAUAGAGGAAUGUCCUAAUCUUGAGCAACUGCCAGCUGGCAUUUGUUUGUUGCCAAAGCUUUGGACACUAAACGCAAAUUCUUGUAAAAGAAUGAGGCAUUUCAAGAUGUAUGAUGUAGGAGAAGAAGCAGACUUAUAUUGCUAUACAUUGUCUUUGAAAUUGAAACGUGUUUGUUUCUCAAAUUGCAAUUUGUCAGAGGACUCCCUUGCUCUUUGCCUAUCUUACUUUACUAAUAUGACAUAUUUGGAUCUAAGUUCCAAUUAUUUUACAACCCUUCCAGCAUGCAUCAAAGAAUGUCACCAUUUGAGAUAUCUUUUACUAAAUAAUUGCAAGCGACUUCAACAUAUUGAGGACAUGCCACCAAACUUGGAAAGAUUCAGUGCCGUAUGUUGCAUGUUAUUGACUAGGUCAUCUAAAAGCAAAUUAUUGUAUCAGGCACUCAGCUUGCAACCUGGGAAAAGAAACUUUAUUUUGCCUGGAGGAAAAUUGCCAGAAAAUCUUGACAAAUAUGGUAGGGAAAGCUCUGUGUCUUUUUGGGUUCGUGAUGUGUUACCGACAGUUUUUCCGUGGAUCCUUGUUAAAGAUCAUGAUGAUUUUCUCUCCAAUUGUGCAUUCCUAGUGCACAUCAAUAACACCAAGGUAGAUAUAUCUUAUGAGUGGCUUUUGUUAUCAACAAUGAAAAUGGGUCAUUUACAUAUAUGUGAUCUACAAAGCAUGAUUGGAAAGGCUAAACUCAGCCAUGCAUAUAAAUGGAAUCAUGUGAAGAUUUCCAUUAAGAGAAAGACACAAAAUAUAAAAAGUAAAAGUGAAAUUCAUUUUGCGCUUCAUGUCUACAAGCUACAAAAUAACUCAAACACCAUCCGAUUCAUGGACCCUAGAACAUAUGAUGAUUGCAACCCAUGGAAAAGAGUACAAAAACCACAGAAUUGUGAAGAACUUGAGGAUGGCAUGCCUCACCUAGACAUAGAUACAAGGAUGGCCAAUCUCCAUGAGCGAGCGUACCCAUCCAGAUGGACCUAUGAUGUGUUUUUGAGUUAUGGAGAUGAUUAUGGAUCAAGCUUUGUUAGUCGUCUCUGCCAUUGCAUGUGUGCCAGAAGAAUCCGUGUUUUGCCUAAUGAUGAAUUCCUCACCCCUAGUGUGGAAGAAUUCAAUGCAAUGGAAGAAUCCAGGACAGCUAUCAUAAUUAUCUCCGAAAACUAUGCAUCCUCGACAUCUUGUUUAAAUAGCCUUGCAACCAUUCUUGAGUGCUUCAGAAAAGAAUGUCGAUCCGUUUACAUGAUAUUUUAUAACAUGGAGCCACCAAAGUUGCAAUAUCAAACAGGUAAUUGUGAAGUAGUAUUUGCUAUGCUUGAGGAGAAAUUAAAACACAACAAACAACAAGUGCAACAAUGGAGGUUGGCUUUGUCCGAAGUAGUUUCAAGAGGCGGAUACUAUUGUUUCAAUCCCAGGAAUAUGGCAGAAGAUAAGUUUAUUCAGGGGUUCAUUAAUGCAAUCUCUUCAAGUAUUAAUGCAUUUCCAUUUCGCAUUUGGGAUAAUUCAGUGGGACUUGAGUCUCGGGUACAGGAAAUAAUCUCGCUUCUGGAUGUUGGGUCUAAUGAGGAAGUCAAAAUGGUAGGAAUUUGUGGAAUUUGCGGAAUAGGUAAAUCAACAAUAGCAAGCGCUGUGUGUAAUUUCAUUGCUCAUCAUUUUGAAGAUUUAUGGUAUUUUUCUCCUAUAUCAGAGGAGCACCGGUUUUUGAAUGAUUCGCCGUUUUCGGUUCGUCUUUAUGAAAAAGCCAGGGGCAAACGUUUCAGUUUGGAUGAUUUCCAUGGGAUAAUAAGACAACCUUGGUUUCGACAAAGGAAGGUUCUCGUAAUUUUGGAUGGUGUUGAAGGAUUGGAUCAUUUACAAGCAGUUAAUGAAGGAUGUGAUUGGUUUGGUUGCGGAAGCAGGAUCAUUAUUACGACAAGGGAUACACAGUUGUUAGUAAGUCAUGGUAUUGAAAAAAUUUAUGAUGUCAUGAAUUUAAGUGAUGAUGAAGGCUUUUCAAAUGCUUUCCUGGACUGCUUUUAAAAAGGACAAUGUGGAAUUUGAUUGCAUGGACGUUUCGAAACGUGCAAUACUUUGUUCAGGUGGCAUUCCGUUAGUUUUGAAGUUGAUGGGCAAUUACUUAGGUAAUAAAAGAGCAUGUGCAUGGAAUCGUGUAAUGAAUGAGAUGGAAAAAGACCCAACGUGGGUGCUUCGGCUCUCCAGUGAAUUCAGACUCAAGGAGGAGCAGCUAAAGGAGUUUACUGGCUUUAUGAAGGGGAAAGAACCUCAAUCAAUUCACUCAUCAACGGAUAAGGGUACUAAAAGAAAGAGAGAGAGGGAAGGUACUGAAAGAGAAGAGACACAAGUUGAGGGGAAGAAGUGCCAUGCUUGAAACAUAACCCAAUCAAAUGUCAAAAUUCAACGGUCAACAUGGUCUGAAAAGCUUGUUGAUCAUGCAACUAUUCCUUUUGUCUUGUUUAUGCAUGCUACUGUUCUUUCUUGUGUGAUAAUGAACAGUUCAGAUUUUGUUGUGACCAUAAUGCAAGUAGCUUCUAAUAUUGCAUUUUAUUGUCGUAA